AUGGGCUGCGGGAGUUCCCUCGGCUUCCACAAAGGAUUUCUUGGCAUUGCUGCCUGCAUUCUGGCUCUCUCCACGCCUGCUACCGCCGAGACCUGUGAAGCUCUACCUGGAACUGCACAGAAUUUGCUCCAGUGGUCCCUGCGUACUAGCACGGAGCAGAACUCCACGCUGAAUGCCACGGACAAGACGGCCAACGAUGCCGCGCGAGCCACGCAGGCUAUGCCGAGACAGAGCAUGAUAGCCUUCGCCUUGGACUUUGAGCAAACGAUCGCCGGGCUGCAGCGCAGCAGAGCGCGAAGGGACGAGGCAAGGGCUGGCUGGGUAGAGGAGGCCGAAGCCCUUUGGGCAGAAAUGAGCGAAGACUUCAAGAAUGUCGUGAGCUACACGACCAUGAUGAAGGUGUACAGCAACCUCAAGAGAGUGCACAAGGCCGAGAAGCUCUUUGAGGAAAUGAAUUCUAAGGCAGUGACGCCCAACAUCCUCACUUACAACACCUUGAUCCAGGCUUAUGGGAUGACUUCAGUGGCAGAUAAAGCCCGGAGUACUUUCGAGAGUAUUCCAGAAGCAGUUUUCGAAGAGGCUGGCUCUUCCAACCGGGAGGCCAGCUAUGCAACGGUGAUGUUCGCUUAUGCUAGACAAGGCGACUACGCUUCUACGCGUGAGCUCUUCAUGGACAUGACAUCCAAAGGAAUCCCACCAAGCCGAAGUCAUUUCAACGCCAUGAUCAUCUCUUGCGCAAAAGAUGGGCUGGCUGAAACCGCAAGAGCUGUCUUCGAAAUGCUACCUCAUUAUGACAUACUUCCCGAGGUGGACACAUGGACGGCGCUUAUGUCUUGCCACCGAAAGGACUUGGAGCAGUGCAAGAGGAUUCUUGAUGAGAUGCUGCAAGCGGGCGUCAGUCCAUCCGGAAUGACAUACCAAGAGCUUCUGAAUGCGCACGUCCUCGCCGGUGAUGGGCCCGGAGCACGGGAGAUGCUCGAGGCGAGCAGCCAAGCCACGCUAAGCCUCGACGUGUGGCUGGCCGUUGAGUACAGCAAUCUGGGGACAAAGCUGAUGGCUUUCAUCGGGAUACCGAUGUUCUUCAUCUUCGGUGCGCUCCACCGCUACUGCGGGCACGGUGAUCUGGACAAGACAGAUCUCCUUGUGAGCCUGUCCAUCCGAAACGUUCACGGCGUCGGUUGGAUCUACUAUCUUCACGGCCUUUGCGCGCUCUGGGUGGUUCUGCUGGUUCGGUCCGUCGUUUUCAGGGCUCAGGAAAGAUAUCUUCAGAGACGUUUCGCUUGGCUGAAGAGCUUACCAUUCCCAAGAUGCAGCACCAUCCUCGUGGAGGGCAUACCAGACGAAUGUCGCUCCGAGGAUCGAGUGCGUCAGUUCUUUUCUGCCACUUUCGAUGCGCGAGUGAUGCAGGUGAACAUUGUCCGACACACAGAGCUACUGGAUCAGCUUUCAUCCGAGCACUUGGUCGCCAAAGGGCGGCUGCGGGAGUCGGAGCGGCUCCUGGAGAGAGACGGCAGCCGCCCUACGGCCCGCGUGCGCUUUGCUGGAGAGCCUGUGGAUGCCCUCAGCUACUUCUUAGGCGAGAUGCAGGACAAGCACCAGCUCAUCCAACAGGAGCAGGCCAGAAUACGACAGGAAUCGGCCUCGCUGGGAGGCGUGAACUCGCACUGUGCCUUCGUCACCUUCGGCACGCGCCGGGAUGCGGCGAUCGCGAAAACUUUGGAUUUCAGCCAGGACGGAGGACACUGGGUGAUCACCGACGCCCCCGACGCCUCCACGAUCCGCUGGGGGAAGCUGUCAAUGGAGCCCACACUUCUGCGAACGGUGAGCGGCAUCCUGCUCAUCACUUUGCUCUACGCGGGCUUCACCCCGAUCUGCGUUGCCAUCUCCAACCUGGCACAAAGCUUGGACCUAGGAGUCUCGGAAGACAAGCAUACGAAAGUCGUGGAGUGUCUCUUGACCCACCACGCCACGGCACCACAUACAAGACGCGCUCUUCUCGGAGCUCUUUUAUCCAUGGGCCGCGGCCAAAAGACUGGUCAGCCAUGGAACGCGGGGUCAAACAACUAUCGUGUUUGGCCUGGUGCCUUCUCGCCGCAGGGUGGGGAGCGGCGACGGCCCUGGAAGGAUGGAGAUCAGAAAGCUGGUCCUGUCUUUCCCACGUAUGCUUCGGUCAACGUGACGGCGGACAGAUCGACUCUGGGCCCUCAUCAGGAUGCACAAGGUAUUGUGGCAUCGAGGAGCUCUACCACUCCAGUCAUACAGGCCGCCCUCAAUGUCACACGGAAAGCAGAGCAGAAGGUUGUUCGCCUCCAAGAAGCGCAGCAGGAAGCGCAGGUGAAAUGGGGAGAAUUUGUGGUCAAGAUGAAGGAUGCUUUUCGCAGGGAGAGAGCCCGUUUCGCUCGCGACCUGGAGCGCCUCGAGCGAGAGCUGGCCGAUGCCGAGAUCGCCCAAGAAGACGCGCGACACGGUCUUCGGAUAGCCUUUGUGGGAGAUCUUCCCCACUCGGAUGGGAGAAAGGAUGUGGAUAUGACUGCCAAGCAGGAUGGUCAAGACGUAGACGCAAUGUUCGCCGACUGGGCCAGGGAGGACCACUCGGCCACCGAUGCCAUGGUCCGACGUGCACUCGCACCCCUGCAGACACCUACGCGGCCUACUACCACGGCACCCAGAUCUCCACCUAUGCAGUCUACGGUCCCUCCUGGGCUUCCCCACGCGAACAUGGGCCCAGUGACGUACGAUCCGUACUCUUAUGGAUUGUCGCCUCUUGCAGCGGCAACUGGUGUGGGGACUCCGGUCCAAGCAGUUCCGCCCUCUCUGCUUCCUGCUGACAGCGCAUGGGGGAGUCGGCUAUUACGGCCCCUACGCCACCACCUACAGAGCCUCCUCCGGCACCAGAGGGUGCCCUAUCCGGAGGAUACGGCAAGAGUCCCACAUUCCAAGAGCGGCUGCAUCGAAGGGCUCCCCACAGGUACUCCACAUGCAGCUCCGGAGAAAGCCUUUGGUCUAGUCGACGACGACCACGAGCCCGGCGACCAAGAAGGUGGCUCUCCCCUGAUGGCGGGCAUUGGGUCAGACGCUGGAUUUUUGUGCCUCCUGGCUGUCCGAGAUGUCCUUUCCCUGCCGGUCAAAUUUGCAUCUUCGCCUGCGCAGUGUGUGCGAAACAGUUGCAUCGGUCGCUCAGGGGCAACGACCACCUUUGACACGAAUGCUUACCUCUUCCUCUACCGCGUCUUCCAGCCCAGCCUAGCAGAGAUCACGGCCUACGUUUUCUACUGCGCGAAUUUUGGAGGUGCCAAACAGCUGUAUCGGUGGCUCUGGGACAGCGACCUCCUUGCCAAUGCUUGCAUGGCAGGCGAGGACUUCGUCGGUCAGAUUGUUGUCGAACCGCCGGUUCUCGCAUUAGGCCUGGAGAUUCGGUGCCCUCUAGUCGUGCGCCUCACGCCUUGCGCCCUGAGGCGUGCGGAGGGUGUCCUGCACCUUCGCGAUCUUGCAUGGCCGCCUGAGCCUCCUGAUGAGGACGUUGCACGUCUGCUGGGGGUCUAUGUCUACACACCGCACUAUAAGCCGGUAGCUGUUGCGGUCAAGGUGAGCAUGCAAGCAGAUUUGCACCAGGCCCUAGAUGCGAUCCAAGAUUGUCUACCCGGGACUCCAGAUGGUGUUAUGGAUAGUGUAGUCCCCUUGCAGCCACAACGGCACAGCGAUUACCUUUCGGUCAUUCGGUUUCCCGCUCUUAUCCGGCACGUUGGGGACGGACAGGCUGCGGUGGUCGUCGACUUGACCCGCGUCGGUGGUAUGUAUUUCGCCACCGUGCUUCCCCGCUUCCUAGCAUAUGCAUCACUUUUGGCCUUUAUCGACCCACUCACAACUGCGGAACCUGAUACUCUCAGACUCUAUGUUGGUUGUCGGUCCAGGCCAUGGCCCCGUGAAGCGCUAGUUACUCUCAAUGACGGGGUUGUCAUCACGGCUGUCCUUCCUGAUGUCGAGAUUUUCGCUAAGCACAGGCCUGAAGCCUUUCAGGAUAGGUCUAGGUGGGGCCCUAUGCAGCACUUCUUUGACGUCGCUCUUACGCACGGGGUCUGUGUUCUUUAUCGCUCUGAGCGAUUUUGUGUGCAGCCUCAUCACCACUAUGGGGUCACCAUAACUGAGCAUGUCAUGAGGCGUAUGCGGCUUGUUCCUGGCCGAGUUGCAAUGUGCACAUUUCAUGUGCCUGAUCUCGAUGUCCAGGGCCAUUAUUGCCCCCAAGUUGUCGCGGUCUUUGAUGUUCCGCAGUUGACCGAUAUUGAAGCUACUCGGGAGCGGCAGGAUUACUUCACUUUCUGUGACUUCCGGCCACUGGGACUCAAGCCCGCGUGUGUGCACUCCAACGUACCCAAAUUGCACAUCCCAAGCAUUCUCUCUGAUCAUGGGGUGGAACUGCCACAGGCCCGCUGCAUCGGGGUCCACGGUGGCAAGCGCAAAGGGGAUUAUGUUUCCGUUCAGGGCUCUUCGGUUCUGCUCUUCUUUGCUGAGACUCUUGAGACUGAGUCCUCGUCGAGUUCCCGGGCCCCUCGGCAACCUGAAUGGCCGCUUCCUCGGAAUGGCCCUCCUCCGCCCAUUCCAGUGCGUGGCCCCGCUCAGGCCGUCGUGCAGGAAGUUGAACCGCCAUCGGGGCCCGAUUCUUCAAUCCCCGCUGGGCAUAGCUGGAAUGCUAUUGCUGAUUAUGAAGACUCUUUCUGGUCCCCGCCUGCUACACCGCAUUGGGAGCAUGGUUGCGAUGUGUCUGUCGCUCCUGUUGCUUCUAACGUUGAUGGAAUAGUGGCCACUUCUCCGUCAGGUGUGCUUGCGCCUCCUGUUAUGGAUCAGACAGUUGAUUCACAGGCGAGAGUCGUUGGUCCUGCUAGGCACCACGUUCCAGUUUCUCCUCCCAGCGCUCCCCCAGGGGAUGCUUCGGCUGACAGUCGUUUGGCUGAGACAGCGGAUGGACUUACUAACGUGAGGGCCUUUGUCUACGCUCCGGACUUUGCUCCCGAGAUGCUUAAUGUCCUUCUUUCUCUGCCGUGCAGCACCGCCGCUCUGUUGAUUGCGGUUAAUGCUCAAAGAGACUCGGAUCUUAGCCUGCAUUUCUCGCGGCUGAUCCCAGUCACGCCGCAACCGUCUGCGGAUUCCUUUCUUGCGGUGGCGGCUUCGGAAUGGCAAGUCGCCAGACCCACGGUUCUGUUGGACUGCAGCAGGGUCGGCAAGGCGAUCUUUGCCAAGAUGCUCUUUUCGCGACUCAGCCGCGAAUCCCUGCUUCUCGCGGCGGGGUUCUCGGCCGACUGUGAUUUUGAGGUGUAUGUUCAUGGACUCCUCCAGCCGCUGAGCCAUAGUCAGGUUAUCACCUUGACCGAGGGCCUUCUGAUCGUGCUUGUUCCGCUCUUCAGCGGCGCUCCUGCUACCUUUGAUUUACAGACACGGCUGGAGAGUGGUACAUCCUGGAGUGCUGACGCGGAGGUGCUUGGUCCAGGUUGUGCACCUGGACAGUACUUCUUGAUAUUGACGGAUGCGCAACCAACCCUUUUUGAGGUACAGGCUGGCAGGCGGCCUUUUUUCAAGGAUGACCUUGCCCAGUCUCUCGGUACCCAGAGUCAUCGACUUGUGCUUAAAUCUGCUUCUCCGGGCGUGUCCGACUGUCUCCCCUUUGGCUUUCUAGUCAGUGGAGUGAUGGUAGCUACUGAGCGGCUUUGCCGCCUGCCUUGUCCUCCGGCCAGGCGUGCUGAUCCUCGACUCAUUGUCUUCCUCGAUGCGCGACGAGUGUUGCAGGGAUUUUCCUGGAUUUGUGUCUCAAGUUCCUGGCUCCCGGUUCAGGGUGUUGCGGAUAAAUUUGCCGACCAAUGCCCGGCCGAACACAUCGUCUCCAUCACGGGUGCCGAUGUUGCUCAUCACGAAAACGAGGUCUGUUUUGUCGUGCAGGACGGGCAGACCUUGGUUGUCACUUUCUUGGAGGAUAUGAUGGCGGGAAUCGACGCGGUCAGCCUCGCAGCCGUUCACCUCGUGGCGGUCCGGGGCACUCUGGGUCCUCCGCCUUCUCAGGGGGCUUUGCUGUUUCUCGUAUCCCCCGUCAAGGCGAGGAUUUCUUGCAUGACGCUCUUGCUCAGAGCCAUCCGAGUAUCACCCCUGUCCUCCGGCCUUCUUGCCUUGCCACUCUUGAAGAAGCUCGUUUGUUUGCGCGGAGAGGGGCCAGUCUCCUUGUUGCAGGGCCGACUGAUGAACUUGGCGCUUCUGCAUCUCACUGAGGUUUCCAGCCCCGCUGUUGCUGACACCAUGCGCAACGCGCAGGUUGCCACCACUACUGAGGUGACCAUGGCGGAGGUGUCCUUCGCUAUCUUUGCACCUGACCUUCAGAUGGAGGCACUCAAGGUCUCUAUACUUUUGCCCCAAUCUGUGGACGAAGCCUUGGAUUUGGUUGAUGUAUGUCGCAGACAGGAUUUUCAACUUGGCUUCCCGCGCCUCGUCCCCGUGUGGCCUCAGCCGGACUCUCGAUGGGGGGCAUUGCUUAUGUUGCCUGCGUGGUUCCAGCGUGACGCUGUUAUCUGCCUCGACCUGCUUGCUUGGGAUGGGCGCAUCUUCGCUGUCUGGGCCCCCCGGUGCAUCGAUCGUGCCUUCCUUUUGGCAGCUGCCGGGCUUGCUGCUGCGGCCGAUGUCGAUGUUUUUGCACCCGAUAGUGGCGUUGCUUUAACUGACUUCGAUGCUUUCUACCCGGAGGUGGGACAUUGCUUUUGCUUUGCGCCACUGGGACAAGGGCGGACCGACGGUAUCCCCCUCUCAGACAUGCUUGCUUCUCCACUAGGAUGGGAUAGCGGUCCUCCUUUCCCGGUUCAGGACGGUGAGCCUUGUUACUGCGCAGUUGGGGAUACUCAUGUCCGCACUUUCAUCUUGUAUGAUCAGCGGUCCACUCAGUACCGCUCGGAUCUGGCUGCCCUGUUUCAGCUUAAUGUGUUGCAUCUCGUCGUUACCCCUGCAAAUCCUAUGCAACAGGAUGUGGCAUGUUUUGGCCGAAAUUGCCGCACGGCCGUUGCUAUUGGCCACAGCUUCCGUCGCAACCCCUACCCUGUCGGUCUCUUGGAUUGUCGACAGUUACUUUGGGGGUGGCGCCGGGUUCCUUCUGAUGAAGGAUGGGUUGAUUUAGAAGCUGUACGUGAGGGCUUUUCCUGGAUGGCCCCUCCCGGUUGGACGGUCGUGGUUUUUGUGCAGCCUACCAUGGGUAGAUGGUUGCGCAUUGUGGAUGGUCAAGUGCUGGUCUUGGCUCUUAAGUCCAGGGUCGACUUUCCUGAUGACCAUGAUCCGUCUUUGCCUGUCAUAGGCGAUUCGCCGCCAGCUGAGCACGGUGAUGUCUCCCUCCACGCAUGGAGAACCGACCCACCGGUUCCGCUUGAUGAUAGCGCAGCUCCUUCUGCAGGUUCGAUAGGCAGGUCUGCUCAUGAUUCUGGGUCUUUUGACCAGCAUAUCUCCGUUGCCUCAAGACCGGCAGCCGGGUCGUCGUGCAAGGGGCCCUUCCUCGGAACCUUGCUCUUUUGUGCGCUUCUCGGUGCCUUGCUUGCUUUUGGGGGCGUGUGUUUCUUCCACACCGUGACAACGCUCCGGGGUAGCUGCCGGCUCCUUCUUUGGGGGUCUUUCUGGACCCUUCUUCUCGGGGGCGAUCCUGCUGGCUGUGUACGAUUCCAGCCCCUCUGUUGCGUACUUCUGAUGGGGAGUCUUGUCUUCCCUGUGGAAGUGUCUGCAACGCAGAUCCAGCUGGGCACUGCACAAUGUACUGUUCGAGCUCCCUGUGCAUCAGAUAGGAUACCCGAGGCCAGCACUGUCUGCUUGAGGACUAUCGCUACUCCUUGUCGGGCGACAGUCCUUCCUCAGAUUGACGAAUCCGUCGUUGUACUGGAUGAUGCUCCUUUUGCCGCCUCCUUUGCCUCCGGUGCCGAAGGAAACAUUCAUCAUGAAAGCCUUCAGACCCUUCUUGAUGAAGCCGUAAGACGUGAAGAUUGUCAGGCUUUCUACUUGGCCGCCACCCUGUUGGAGACCCUGUACGAGCACUUUGGGAUUCCCGGACGGCCUGCCGCUGAAGGCGGUGGUGCCCUGGCUCUUGACCGUCUUAUCCCGGCGAGUGUGCCGGGACCCUCCGCGGAGGACCAACUUCAGGUUGAGAGUACGGCCUCGCAUAGCUCUCCCGAGUGUUAUGAUCUUGAGGCGCGUCAGUGCCUGAUGCCGUGCCACGGAGUGCUGCUUGAAUCUCUUACGUGCUCCUAUCCUUUCCACCACCUGCGCGGACCAUCUGGGUCAUUACCCAGGCCUGAGCGCUUCAUGGCUUGGUUGUCGAACGGCCAAAACGGGCGUGCUCCUGCCCCCGGGGAAUAUGUGGUGGUUACAACUGAUGGCUCCUUUGAUCCUGUCACUGGUGCCUCCGGCUGGGCUGUUGUUAUUAGCCUUGUCAGUUCGGAAGAUCUUUUGUUGCCGGGUCAGUUUAUCGGUUGCGCGGCAGGUAGCCUAAGCGACCUUCAGGAGGCAAUUGGGUCCUCCUUCGGCGACAGCAGCGCUUAUCUGGCCGAAACUGCUGCACUGUUUUGGGGCGCGAUCCUCGCUCUGCGCUUACCUUCGAGCGCUCCUUUUGUGUUUCGUGCUGACAAUAUCAGUGCUUUACAUGGCAGCGCGGGUUGGGUGCACAUGCGAGAUCACCCGCUUUGCAGAGCCGCGGUUUCUCUGCACACUGCCUUCCGCCUGUUGCGGGAUGCCCCUUCUUAUCAGCAUGUACUAGGUCACUCUGCUGAUCCUGCUAACGAGCUUGCUGAUGCUCUGGCAGGUCGAGCCUCAAGGCUACAUAGUAGCUUCUCCUUGCCGCCUCUCUGCUUGGCAGACUGGUUCGCCAACUCAGGUGCAGCUUUUGCGUGGCUGCCCCACAUCUGUUUUGUGCGUCGCACUCCGCGUGCUGUCCCCGCCAUGCAUCAUGAUGUCAUGAGCUGGAGUCGCGGUGAGGCUACUUCCAUUCUGAAGCCUAUGGACACUAUGGCCCCUUUUCUGCGUUCUUCUCAAGGGGGCGGCCUUUCCACGCAGCGGGGCAAGCCUUGCUCUCUCUGUGUGGGCAUUGCCUCUUUCAAUGUCCUGUCGCUUCUUGACCCCAGUGCAGCACCGCAGCAAGCUGGUUUGCAUGGUGCAACCGGCCGAGUCAGGCUCGUUGUUGAGUCCUUGCGUGCUCACGGCGUGACCAUUGCCGGACUACAGGAAUGUCGCACCUCAAGAGGUAGCAUGGGUUGUCAGGGCUUUCACAGAUUUGCCUCUGGACGAGAUGACAAUGCUUGCUUCGGGGUGGAGUUGUGGCUUGAUGAAACUGGCCCCUUCGACCCCUUGGGGGUUACGGUGCUCCAUGCCGAGCCGACCUUUCUUGUGGCUGGACUUUCCUUUCGAGGCACACCUUUGCGUAUCCUUGUUGCUCAUGGACCGCACAGGGCGCAUCCUCCCGCUGUUCGUGAGCAAUGGUGGCAGCGUGUGCACCAUAUCUGCUCCGCUUUAUCGCGUGAUGCAGCUUGGCUGGUGUUGGCCGACGCCAACUGUCGCCUAGGCAGUGUUUGCGACGAGCGUGUCGGCUCACAUCAAGCCGACCCCGAGGACGAUGCUGGUCCUCUGUUUAGGCAGCUUCUGGCCGACUUGGGAUGUUGGCUGCCAUCUACUUUUGUUGACUCUGCCUGGGGAGAGGGGGGUACCUUGUACCAGAAGCGCAAUGGGGAAUGGGACCGCUCUGACUACGUGGCAAUUCCCUGUGCUUGGCUGCUUUCCCACUGUGUCGCGUGGGUCGAACCGGCCAUUUCUGCUGGACAUCAUUGUCUGGACCAUUUUGCUGCUCUUGUUUCUUGCACAAUUGCUUUUCCCAGCACUUGUCGCAAUAGGGCUAAGGCUAGGCGCAUCAACACUUUGGCACUUGCCGACCCAGAUAACAGGGAUGCCAUUGAGGCUAUCUUGCGCGAAGCCCCGGUUCCGGAUUGGUCGGUUGACGCGAGUGAUCAUGCGGCCCUGCUGGUCGAUCAUAUCUACCGCGGCCUAGCGUCUGCCUUCCCCUUGCAAAGCAGGCGAAUGCGAGGUGGGCACUUCUCGGAUGAGACUCAGCGUCUUCACCAGCUUGUUUCUGGCCUUCGUCACUCGGUGCGUGCCAGAAGCACCGCGUAUCAGAAGGCUCUGCUCCGAUGCGCUUUUGCUGCCUGGCCUCGAGAUGCUUCCUCUUUUGCUCGCCUUUUCACGGGGCGAUGGCUCUGGCGUGUUCAGAUACGAAGAGCGCUUGACUGCAUGCUCUUGAAGCGAUACGGCAGGGCUCUCAAUCACAGUUGCAGGCGCGAUAACGCAGACCACAUGGCGAGCUUGUCGGCCGCGAUUGCCGAUGCUCCAUGUUCCGAGCUACACCGGGAGGUGCGCAAGCUCAUCCGUCCCAAGAAGUUCAGGCGCAGCACUAACAUGCCUCUUCCCCUGCUGAUGAAGGCAGAUGGCUCUGCCUGUGCCUCGCAGGAGGAGAUAGUUAAGGUUUGGCGUGAGCAUUUCCGCACACUCGAGGCAGGUCAGGAAGUUUCGGCAUCUGCAUUGGCCUCGAGCUGCAAGGCUCGCCAAACUUCUUUCGAAGGCACGGACACGGUUAACGUCUCCAACAUCCCUACCUGGGCACAGCUUCAUGCGGCCUUCAAGUCCACUUCCCCGCACAAGGCAUGCGGGCCUGACCUCUUGCCCCCUGUUCUCUGCUCUGUCUUUAGUCAGCGCAUGACAGAGGCUUUUUGGCCCGUCAUGCUCAAAGCCGUCCUCCGCUCCAAUGAAGCAAUCGGUCUAAAGGGAGGUGUACUACACCGCAUUGCCAAACCUUCAGUUGUUGAAAAUACUACUGCUGGAUACCGUGGGAUUCUAGUGCAAUCAUGUCUAUCCAAGGUGCUCCACCGUGCAGCCCGCCAUAUGGCCGUGAAACAUUGGGAUCAACACGUGUUGCCCUUACAGAUCGGGGGCAGACGCGGAUGCCCCGCAGCAUUCGGGCAUUUUGCGUCUAGAGCCUUCUUGUUUAUGGCACGUGCACGCGGGCAAAGUGCAGCGAUUUUGUUUGUUGACAUUUCUGCUGCAUAUUACGGUGUCAUCAGAGAGGCGGUGCUUGGUGCCGGCGGUUGUAGUCGUCCACUGGAUGCACUAGUGGCUUCUCUGGGCCUCACCCGGGAAGACAUGCAGACUUUGCAGUUUUAUAUAGACCAGGAGCCCGUCCUGCGCGAACAAGAUGCUUCUCCGCUUUUCCGUGAGGUGGCUGAGGAGUUACACCGAAAUACGUGGUUCAUGCUCGCUGGUGACAAGCAAAUUGUGGAAACUCACAGGGGCACCCGGCCCGGGGGUUCGCUCGCUGACGUGCUCUUUAGCAUUCUCUUCAGUAAGGUCCUGGAGAGGCGUUGCCAAUCUACCCUGCAACCUUUUGUCCCGAAGGUGCCUUGGAGUGGCAUUCGUUCCCCAUGGGGCCGGCCUGAUGAUGACGCGACUGUCACUCGCAGCGUGGAAGCCAGUGAUGUCGUCUAUGCGGACGAUCUAGCAAGCUUCUUGGUAUGCGGCUCCGCGCAUGAACUUGCACAUGCAGUGGCGGGGGUUGCAGCCGAUACAGUGGAUACUCUGCUGCCGCAUGGACUAAAUGCUAAUCUUGGUCCAACCAAGACAGCCGCUCUGGUCGUUCCGGUAGGUCGCGGUUCGCGGGCGGCACGCAGACAGCUCUUCAGUGCAGGCAAGGGUAAGUUGCCCGUUCUUCCUGAAAACAGAGGCGGGUUACGCCUGGACCUUGUGCCCUCCUAUAAACACCUGGGAUCCCUGGUCACCCACGAUGGUUGCCUCCUCGUUGAGAUUCGACACCGGCUCUCGGCUGGGCGAACUGCAAUGAAGCAGGGUAAGCAGCGCUUGUUUGCGCGCAAACAGGUGCCGCUCGCGCGAAGGGCUGCUCUUUUCCGCUCUCAUGUUCUUGCUGCUGUGCUCCCGGGGGUUGGCACAUGGCGCAAGUUGACUUCACAGGAGUGGAGUGUGUUCUCUGGUGGCAUUGUCAGUCUUUAUAGGCAGCUGCUCGGUUUGCGCACUGAGGGGGGAUUCCGGUGUACUGAGGCUCAGAUCCUGCAGAGGUCGGGUCUGCCUUCGCCGUCUGCCUUGCUCCAGUCUGAACGACUGCGCUUUCUGGGUCAGUUGGUCUGUCACGGGCCCGAUGCAACAUGGGCUCUUCUAGCCCACUUCACUGCUUAUCAGGAUGCCCUAGUAGAUGCCUCUGGAUGGCUGCUGGGCGCCAUAGGCACCGUGGUUCCUUUGCCGCCCAUGCAGCAGGAAUGGGCCGCAUGGGAGCGCCUUAUCCUCGCGACACCCGGUCGCUGGAAAUCGAUGAUCAGGCGAGCAGAGGGAUGGUAUAUACUCCGCAAUGAGAUUCUUGCCGCCCUUGAUGGCUUUGUGCGCGAUGCUUGGCAGGCUUGCGGUCUGCAGGUAUCUUCGGAAGGCCCCCUGGUGGUUGACCAGUCUGUGGGGCAUGCACAAGCUCCUGCAAUAGCUGGUGUUGGUAAGCGUUCCCUUGGUACGCCCGUUGUGGAGUCUUGUUCCGAAUUGGCAGCUGCUCUUGCCAACUCCUCCUUUGGAGAUGUGGACAUUGACUGUGAGAUCUUUGAGCUGGUGCAGAGUUACUUUGCCCCCCUACCAGUUCUCCGAUGUACUCUCUCCCAAUGGUGUGAUACUUUGCCAGCCAGUCGCGUUCGGGAUGCUGGCCUAGACAUACUUGCUAUCAUGCACCCUGAGCACGUUUGCGAGCGGGUCGCGGGCCCAGCCUCACAGGAGGACGAGCAGGCCUGGGCAACCCUCAGGUUUGCCGCGGAGCCACCGCUUGUGUGCAUUGCCCUGGAAGACUUGGAGCAUUGGCCUGUUAAUGCUGCGGCAGGCUUUUGCCUUUCCUUGCCCGAGCCUCCUCAGUCUGUGUUGCCCGCCUUCGCACCGGGUAUCCGGUGUUCCUUCGGUUUCCGGCCACCGUUGAUUCCCUUUGCCCUCUGUCGGGAUGGCUCCUUGACCUUGCGGGACGCGGCACAGACCAG